AUGGAUACAUUCCCAGAGUACACUAGUUUAGAGGAUGCUAUAAUGCUACUCGCACCUCCUGAUUCUUCAGAGGAAGAUGAAUAUAUUACCUUAUAUAAAUUCGAAGAGGAACCUCUAGAACCCAUGCAAGUGUCCCAACCGGAAGUUCCGAUACAAAAGAAACUUUUCAUACCACCCCCUUCAUUAGUCUUGAAAGAAGUAAAAAAUUAUGCUCCACAACAAAAGCGUAUCGCCAGGACGAGACUCUCAUCCACUGAUAUCGUAGUUCUCGCCGCUCUUGUAGCCGUUGCUGUUGCCGCUCCACAAUACAAGGAUGAGAAGGAUGCUUACGUCGUUAGGCAAGAGUUGGAUAACAUCGGCGUCGAUGGAUACCAACAAGCUUAUGAAACUAGCAACGGAAUCUCUGCCUCCGAGCAAGGACAAGUCAUCAACGCCGGUCAAGAAAACGAAUCCAUCGCUGUUCGUGGACAAUUCUCUUACGUUGGCCCAGAUGGUGUCACCUACACCGUCACCUACGUUGCUGAUGAGAACGGUUUCCAACCACAAGGAGCUCACAUCCCUAAAGCCGAAUAAUAAG